AAAAUACAACCUUCUAGCCUUCUCCUCUUCAUUAUCAUAAACUUCUUAAAUUUUUUUAAGUUUUUUUAGAGAAACUUAAAAAUGUUAAGUUGUCAAAUUCAGAAGCUAAAUUCAACAAAAGCCUUCUCUCUUCUUCCACCAAGACCUUUCAUCCAUGGAGAAAAGGCUGUUUCAGUGCCUACUUUUAAGCAACAAAAAUGUAACCCUAAAAAGCAACAGAAUAGACGGUUUAGUGUACGUGCCAGUCUUCUUGAUAAGGCUAUAUCAGCAGUAACUAAUAAAACUGUCGUUAACGCCACAGUUACCGUUAAGUUAACUGUUGGUGGUCUCAUUUCUAGUGUUGGUGUAACUCAGCCUCUUGAUCAGUUGACUGAUGUUAUUGGUAAAAGUCUUCUUUUGGAGCUUGUUAGUGCUGAGCUUGAUCCCAAGACCGGACUGGAGAAGGAGACGGUGAAGUCAUACGCUCAUGUUCAGAUAGGAAUCCAGAAGAUUGGUGAAGUGAAAUUAGAAGCAAAAUUUACAGUUCCAGAAGAUUUUGGUGAGGUUGGAGCUGUACUUAUUGAGAAUCAACGGUUCAAAGAACUAUUCAUUGAUAACAUAGUUCUUGAAGGAUUUCCUAAAGGGCCUCUUACCAUUUCUUGCAAUUCAUGGGUUCAUUCCAAGCAUGAUAAUCCCACCAAGAGAAUUUUUUUCAACAAUAAGUCAUAUUUACCAUCAGAGACACCAGAUGGAUUGAGGAGGCUAAGGGAAGAAGAAUUGGAAAAUUUAAGAGGAAAUGGACAAGGGGAGAGACAAUCAUUUGACAGGAUUUAUGACUAUGAUACAUAUAAUGAUCUUGGUAAUCCUGACUAUGAUUCCGAAACGAAAAGACCUGUUCUUGGUGGUAAAGAACAUCCAUACCCCCGACGUUGUAGAACAGGGCGCCCCCGCACCAAAACAGAACCAUUAUCAGAAUCAAGAAGCCUCGACAUAUAUAUUCCAAGAGACGAGUCAUUUUCUGAACUAAAGCAAGCAUCAUUUGGCAUAAACACAAUCAAAUCUGUGUUGCAUGGACUGGUGCCAAUAAUAGAGAGUGCACUUGUUGAUAAAGAACGUGGAUUUCCGUACUUCACGGCUAUCGACACAUUGUUUAACGAAGGAAUCGAAUUGCCUAAAGACACCGAAAAACCUUGGUAUCUCCAAACACUUUUACCACGAACCGUAAAAGCUGUUAAGGACACCGGAAACGAAAUCCUUCUUUUCGAGACUCCUGAGUUGUUUGACAGAGACAAAUUUUCUUGGUUCAGAGAUGAAGAAUUUUCACGUCAAACGCUUGCUGGUCUUAACCCAAUGGGCAUUGAAUUAGUUACUGAAUGGCCGCUGAAGAGUAAACUUGACCCUGAAAUUUACGGACCAGCUGAGUCUGCAAUCACGAAAGAAAUAAUUGAAAAAGAAAUCAGAGGCUUCAUGACUGUUGAAGAGGCAUUGAAGCAAAAGAGGCUAUUUGUAUUGGAUUACCAUGAUUUGCUGUUACCAUAUGUGGGUAAAGUCAGAGAGCUUGAGGGUACAACAUUUUAUGGCUCUCGCACACUGUUCUUCCUUGUCGAUGAGUGUUCAUUAAGGCCGGUUGCUAUUGAGUUAACACGUCCUAAAAUCGAUGACAAACCACAAUGGAGGCAAGUAUUUACACCAGGCUUUGAUGCUACAAGUUGUUGGCUAUGGAGGCUUGCGAAAGCGCAUGUUUUAGCUCAUGACUCUGGCAUCCACCAGCUUGUCUCGCAUUGGUUGAGGACUCAUGCUUGUGUAGAGCCAUACAUAAUCGCAGCUAAUAGACAACUUAGUGAAAUGCACCCAGUUUACAGGCUGCUGAGUCCUCAUUUCCGAUACACAAUGGAAAUCAAUGCCCUUGCUCGAGGACUACUCAUAAAUGCAGGUGGAAUUAUUGAAACUACAUUCAAUCCUGGCAAGUAUUCCAUCGAGCUUAGCUCUGCUGCUUAUGACAAGCUCUGGCGUUUUGACACCGAAGCAUUGCCAGCUGAUUUGAUUAGAAGGGGAAUGGCAGUCGAAGAUCCAACAGCAAAACAUGGUCUGAAGCUAACAAUUGAAGAUUAUCCAUUUGCAAAUGAUGGUUUAGAGCUCUGGGAUGCAAUUAAGCAGUGGGUCACUGAUUAUGUGAACUAUUACUACCCAGAAGCAAGCAAAGUAAAAUCUGACCAUGAGCUCCAGGGAUUUUGGGAAGAAGUCCGAACCAAAGGUCACGGAGACAAGAAAGACGAACCAUGGUGGCCUGUUUUGAACAGCCAAGAAGACCUCAUCCAUGUUCUAACCACCAUUAUUUGGGUGACUUCAGGUCAUCAUGCAGCAGUUAACUUUGGGCAAUAUGUGUUUGCUGGAUACUUUCCCAAUAGGCCAACAAUGGCUAGAACAAAUAUGCCAACUGAGGAUCCAUCAGAGGAGGAAUUUGACCUGUUCCUGAAGAAACCAGAGUACACCUUGUUAAAAUGUUUCCCAUCACAGAUUCAAGCAACGAAAGUGAUGGCUAUUUUGGAUGUUCUAUCAGGACAUUCACCUGAGGAGGAGUACCUUGGAGCUACAUUGGAACCAUCAUGGGAAGCUGAUCAUGUCAUUAAGACUGCAUAUGAAAGGUUUAGUGCAAGACUGAAGGAAUUAGAAGCAGAUAUUGAUGAGAAGAAUAAUGAUUUGAAGAAUACAAAUCGAAGUGGAGCCGGAGUUGUUCCUUACGAGCUCUUGAAGCCAUUCUCUGACCCUGGUGUCACCGGAAGAGGAGUUCCUAAUAGCAUUUCCAUUUAAUUUAAUAAUAUGUAACGUUCUCUAAGUGUACAAUGCUUCUCUUGUAGGCAUUGUUCAGAUUUUAAAUUUGAAUCUUUAUAUCCUGUUGUAAAAUAAAAGAUGAAAGUUUAUGAAUUUCAUCUAAUAUGAACUUUCAUAUUUAAUAAAGUUUUAAAUAAAUA